ACUUUCAGUUUGAGGUUUUUAACUUGGUACUGAAUAACUCGUUCAUAAGUCCCUUUAAAAAUUGCAAACGGUGGCGAUUUUCUCUCUCGUUUUCAUAAUAAUGAUAUCACCUUAUUGAUAGAAUGAAGAAAUACUUUUCCAAAAUUGUGAUUUUCCGGUAAUCAAGUUAUUAAGACGACAAACCCACGUGGACGUACUUUUACUUUCACUUUUGAUAUGCGAUGUCUGACGAGGAUUCAGGGACUUCACGCUUUUUACAGAGCAACGAGGAAUCCAAUUUCUUGCUAUUCCAGCAGUGCGUAUCCCAGUGAUGCAAUCAAAGUGUGCUCAAAUUUGAUCAGAAAAUUUCAAAAUGUUGGAAUAGAGGACACAGAAUCUCGUUUCUCUGCCGAAUACAUCAUUGCCCAUGUUUUGGGUAAAAAGAUGUUUCAUCAAGUUCCCGGAGGACAGAUUAUCAAUGAAGCACAGCUAACACGAAUUAAUGAAUUGGCAAUGAAGCGUAUGGAAAGAAUGCCACUUCAAUAUGUCAUCCAGGAAUGGGAUUUCCAUGAAUUUACAGUUAAAUUAUCUCCACCAGUCCUCAUCCCCAGACCGGAAACUGAGGAACUGGUUCAGUAUAUGAUACAACAUGUGGGACAGAAUAAGUCUUGUCGGACAUUCCUGGAGGUGGGCUGUGGAUCAGGGGCAGUAACUCUGUGCUUACUGUCCAAACUGCCUUGGAUGACAGCCGUGGCAUGUGAUAUCAGCUGUGUUGCCUGUGACCUUACGCUGGAGAACCUGACCAAGCAUCAAGUGCAGGGGAGAGCUGUUGUCCUUAACAUGGAUUUCAAAAGUGCAGAGACUAUGCAAUACUUAUCUCGACUUGGUCCAUUUGAUAUCAUCGUUAGCAACCCUCCGUAUAUACCCACAGCAGAUAUUGAUGACCUUGACCCAGAGGUCAGAAGAUAUGAAGACAGGGGGGCGUUGGACGGUGGGACUGAUGGACUGGAUUUCAUAAGACAUUUGCUAGCCGUUUCCCCCAUGUUAUUGAAGAAGAAUGGGAGACUGUGGCUUGAGACUGGUCUGGAGCAGCACAAGACGAUACAGAGUAUCAUCAACAGCGAUUCAAACUGUGCACUGGAAUUUGUCAAGUCUAUUGAGGAUUUCACCAGAAGAGAGCGGUUUUGUCUGAUAGAGAGAUAUUGACUCGUACAGAGGAAUAUACAUCUGUAUUGUAUAGAGUGUCAAUCUGAUAGAGAGAUAUUGACUUGUCUGUCUGAUAGAGAGAUAUUGACUUGUCUGUCUUAUAGAGAGAUAUUGACUUGUCUGUCUGAUAGAGAAAUAUUGACUUGUCUGUCUUAUAGAGAGAUAUUGACUUGUCUGUCUGAUAGAGAAAUAUUGACUUGUCUGUCUGAUAGAGAGAUAUUGACUUGUCUGUCUUAUAGAGAGAUAUUGACUUGUCUGUCUGAUAGAGAAAUAUUGACUUGUCUGUCUGAUAGGGAGAUAUUGACUUGUCUGUCUCAUAGAGAGAUAUUGUCUUGUCUGUCUGAUAGAGAGAUAUUAACUUGUCUGUCUGAUAGAGAGAUAUUGAGUUGUCUGUCUUAUAGAGAGAUAUUAACUUGUCUGUCUUAUAGAGAGAUAUUGACUUGUCUGUCUGAUAGAGAGAUAUUGACUUGUCUGUCUUAUAGAGAGAUAUUGACUUGUCUGUCUGAUAGAGAGAUAUUGACUUGUCUGUCUGAUAGAGAGAUAUUGACUUGUCUGUCUUAUAGAGAGAUAUUGACUUGUCUGUCUGAUAGAAAGAUAUUGACUUGUCUGUCUGAUAGAGAGAUAUUGACUUGUCUGUCUUAUAGAGAGAUAUUGACUUGUACAGAGGAAUAUAUUGUAUAGAGUGUCUGUCUGAUAGAGAGAUAUUGACUUGUCUGUCUGAUAGAGAGAUAUUGACUUGUACAGUGGAGUAUAUUGUAUAGAGUGUAUGGAUUGUUUGUACAUGAUGAUGUUAAUAAUGUCAGUUGUAUGAAGGUGUUGUAAUUUUAGUGCACUAAAAAUGUUCUUCAAAGAUAUGACAAUCUGAAUAAAAUUCUAAUAUAUUUAC